AUGCGCCCAAUUUCGCCUUCUCUUCGCGACCUUUGUACUAUUCUAGACCACCAUUUCCAUUUUUCGCUUCAAGUACGGAGGCGACUUCAAAACAAAUUAGUAAGUAGAAGAAAGCUCGCAAAAUGGUGGUCGGAAUUGCACCCGCAAGCAAGGCAUAACCUUCGCGAUAGUUAGCAAUAACUUUCCAAACUGCACUGAAGUUGGUGGAUUUUCCUGGCAGAUGAUGUUCAGUUUCUUCGUAUUCAGGCAUUACAUCGAUCUCAAUAUCCAUACGUCCAACGCUGGAACACUUGUAAUCCAGGCGUUGUGAGCGCUUCUUGCUCAUAACAGGAAGUCUUUCCUUAUCAUGGCUAA